AUGGCGUGGGCGUCGGGCAAGCUGUCGGAGGCGGUGGGCGAGCGGGGCCGGCGCUGGGGGUCGGCGCUGCGGGAGGCGGAGCGGCAGCGCCGGCUGGUCCUGGUCAUCGUGUGCGUGGCGCUCUUCCUGGACAACAUGCUGUACAUGGUCAUCGUGCCCAUCGUGCCCGACUACGUGGCGCACAUGCGGGGCCCGGGCGGGCCGGCCAACGGCAGCCGGGGCCCGGCGACGGAGGGCGAGGACGCCAAGAUCGGGGUGCUCUUCGCCUCCAAGGCCAUCCUGCAGCUGCUGGUCAACCCGCUGAGCGGGGCCUUCAUCGACCGCGUGGGCUACGACGCCCCGCUGCUCAUCGGCCUGGCCGUCAUGUUCCUGUCCACCGUGCUCUUCGCCCUGGCCGAGGACUACGCCGCCCUCUUCGCCGCCCGCAGCCUGCAGGGCCUGGGCUCGGCCUUCGCCGACACGUCGGGCAUCGCCAUGAUCGCCGACCGCUUCCCCGAGGAGCCCGAGCGCAGCCGGGCCCUGGGGGUGGCCCUGGCCUUCAUCAGCUUCGGCAGCCUGGUGGCCCCGCCCUUCGGGGGCAUCCUCUACCAGUUCGCCGGCAAGCGGGUGCCCUUCCUCGUCCUGGCGGCCGUCUGCCUGCUGGACGGGCUGCUGCUGCUGCUGCUGGCCGCGGCCCGGGCCGGCGGGCAGGAGGCCCGGGCCGCCCGGCCGCCGGGCACCCCUUUCCACCGGCUGCUGCGGGACCCCUACGUGGCCGUGGUGGCCGGCGCGCUGACCACCUGCAACAUCCCGCUGGCCUUCCUGGAGCCCACCGUGGCCGCCUGGAUGGAGCGGACCAUGGGCGCCUCCGAGUGGCAGAUGGGCCUGGUCUGGCUGCCCGCCUUCGUGCCCCACGUCCUGGGCGUCUACCUGACGGUCCGGCUGGCCGCCCGCUACCCGCACCUCCAGUGGUUCCUGGGCGCGCUGGGCCUGGUGGCCAUCGGGGCCAGCUCCUGCACCGUGCCCGCCUGCCGGUCCUUCGUCCAGCUGGUCGUGCCCCUGUGCGGCAUCUGCUUCGGCAUCGCGCUGGUCGACACGGCCCUGCUGCCCACCCUGGCCUUCCUGGUGGACCUGCGCCACGUCUCCGUCUACGGCAGCGUCUACGCCAUCGCCGACGUCUCCUACUCGGUGGCCUACGCCCUGGGGCCCAUCGUGGCCAGCCAGAUCGUGCACACGCUGGGCUUCGCGCAGCUCAGCCUGGGCAUGGGCCUGGCCAACGUCCUCUACGCGCCCGUGCUGCUCCUGCUGCGCCGCGUCUCCUACCUGCGCCCCUCCCGCUCCGAGCGCGAAAUCCUGCUCGACGAGCCGCCCCGGGGCCUCUACGACACCAUCCUCCUAGAGGACCGACCCGACCACCCGCCCGCCCCGCAAGGGCGCCCGGACGGCCAUCCGGACGGGCAUCCCCCCGACCAUCCUCCCGGCCCUCCUCCCGAGCAUCCUCCCGGGCUUCCUCCCGGGCAUCCUCCCGAGCAUCCUCCCGAGCAUCCUCCCGGGCAUCCUCCGGGGCAUCCUCCCGGGCAGCCUUCCUGGCAUCCUCCCGGGCAUCCUCCGGGGCAUCCUCCCGGGCAUCCGGACGACCGUGCCGGCCCCCCGGCCCCCCGGCCCCUCUCCGAGGACCAGGGCAGUUAGAGCCGGGCCGUCCGGGGGCGCGCCCCCGUCUUGGGUACCUCGACGGUCCGAGCGGGACCGGC